UUAAUUAAAAAAUGCGGCCUUUGACAAUUAAAGAGAAUAUGAAAUGGCUUUUAGCACAGCCGACAUGACUCAUCACGAGAGAAAAGCCAAACCAAAGGACGUGAGACAUGCAGGCAGCUGACAUCACAUUCACGGAUCAUCGCUUAUAUUUAUACACCACGUAUUAGUGCAGUGGAUCCUCCUCCUCAAGAGGUUCACCCACUCGAUCAUAUCACCACCUCCGAUCCUAUAGAGAUAGAGAGCUCAUGGCGAGGCAGCCGGCCGGCGGCGACGACGUCAACCUGGACCUGCGCCUCGUCCACCACCAGUCGGCGUCCGGCGGUAUGGGCAGGCUGCAGCACCACCACCUACCGCCGGUGGCCGCCGACGACCCUGACCGCAGCUUCUCGUGCACCUACUGCCGCCGCAAGUUCUUCAGCUCGCAGGCGCUGGGCGGCCACCAGAACGCGCACAAGCUGGAGCGCAGCCUCGCCAAGCGCAGCCGCGAGCUCUCCAGCGCUGUGGCGGUCGUCAGUGCGGCCAUCUCCUCCUCCUCUGCCGCGGCGGCAGCAGCGCCGCGGGCGGCGGCUUCAGAGCUCUGUAGCUGGUACCCGACCGCGCAAGCGGGAGGCCCAGGGGACCAGGCAGCCGCGGCGGCCGUCGUGAGCUGGAUCGCAGACGGCGGGCGCCGGUACGCAUACCGCGUACAACAAGCCGCGGCGGCCAGCGACGCCGACGACAUCGACCUGUCGCUCAGGCUGUAAGCUAGCUAAGCGCUACGCAUGCGCAUCGUAUGUACGUACGUAUGUGUACGCGUGUUGAAGCUGCGAAAUUUAUGAGACUACUGGAUCCCAUUAUUUAUUCCAAUCGAUCGCGAAGAACAUGCUUUGAUA